AUGUUGGCUGGCCAAAGACGCCAACAAGUCCCGCUUUCAGCACCCGGCAAGGCGCAUCUCGCCAUGCGUUCCAUCCUCUGGCUCGCCUUCUUGGGCGGCGUGGUCUCGCGAUGUUCCGGCUUUGAACCACUAUCCAAGAACAACGUGGUGGUCUACUAUGGCCAAGGACCUAAUCAGGGCGACCUCAUAGAGCAAUGCCAGCAGCCCGAGAUCGACGUCAUCGUCCUCUCCUUCGUUCACCUCUUCCCGGCGCAGGCGAACGGUUACCCAGGUACCAACUUCGGCAACCGGUGUGUCGGGGAGGUUUACCCGGGCCCUGGCUUCAACGGAGUGAACGACCCGUCAAGAGACCAGCUGCAGUCCAACUGUCCGACGUUGAACGCCCAGAUCCCCGUGUGUCAGCAAGUAUACGGCAAGAAGAUCAUCCUAUCUCUGGGAGGCGGCGUCACGACCUAUCAACUUACCGGGAGAUAUGAGGGCGAGUUGCUGGCAACGUACCUUUGGCACAUGUUCGGUCCCAAGAGUCCUGAUUGGACUGGGCCCCGCCCGUUCGACAGCGAAGGACAGGUUGUCGAGGUGGACGGCUUUGAUAUGGACAUUGAGCACCCCUCAACAGAUAAUUCGGAGGGCUACAUCGCCCUUGUCACUCUUCUUCGCUCCCUUUUCGAGACAGCAUCCAAGCCGUACUAUCUAACGGGUGCCCCACAGUGCAUCGUCCCUGAUUCCAACAUGGCGGCUAUGCUCAGCGCUGCACAGUUCGACAUGAUUUUCAUUCAAUUCUACAACACGCCUGAUUGCUCAGCUGCGACAUGGGUCGCGAACAACCCUUCCUACACACCUGGCCAGUCGUAUCAGCAGGCAGGGUUCACCUACGAUGCAUGGGAUCAAUGGCUGGCCAACACCCCAAGCAGAGACGCCAGGCUGUACAUCACUCUGCCUGCAUCACCUGACGCCGCGAACCCUGGUAAUUAUGUCACCCAUGAGCAGGCUAGGAGCUUGAUCGACGCAUACUACUGCCGAGCAUCUUUUGGCGGUGUUGCCGUCUGGGAAGCCACUCGAGGAGAUGCAAACCCGUACAACGGCAAAUCCUUCCAGGCCGUCAUGAAGGACUGGCUUGUAGAAGCCGCCGUGAACCCCCUGUUGGCUACCUGCCAGCUCGAAGAGGUGACUCAAGAUGACAUGAUCAUCGCCUCGCUGGCCUGGGGGUUCACCCUGGGUUUCGGCUGGCUUACAGUGUGGACGGCGAUCAAGCAGACCACUGCCAUGUACAGGCGGCAAGGCGAUCGCAUCUUGCACAACCCGUACAUCUGGAUGAUUUGGUUAGAGAUUCUGGUGUGCGCCAUCUUCAGCGUCAUUUGCUGGCUGCAUCUCAAAGGCAUCAUACCACCAAGCUUCGCAUUCUACUUCACCAUUCUGACAACAUGGGCCCUACAAGUUCAAUUCCUACUGCAAAUCAUCAUCAACCGCUGCGCAGUUCUCCUCACCAACCGAAAGGUCGCAUGGCGCGUCAAAGUUGGCGUCGCCGUCCUCAUCACCGCCAUCAACAUCUCCGUUUACAACAUCUGGAUUCCGGCCCGGCUUCAGGUCUCCGAGCGUUACAUCUCGAUCAAUGACUGGUGGGACCGCUGCGAAAAGGUCAUCUACCUCAUCGUCGACGGCGCACUUAACGUCUACUUCGUGCGGAUCGUGCAGAAGAACUUGGUCAUGCACGGCCUUACCAAGUACAAACGACUAACUCAGUUCAACAUGUUCAUCAUUGGGUUUUCGCUGAGCAUGGAUGUGCUCAUCAUCGCCAUGAUGAGUCUCAACAACACGUUUGUAUACAUGCAAUUUCACCCGUUGGCAUACCUCGUGAAGCUGAAGAUCGAAAUGUCGAUGGCCGAGCUCAUCGGCAAGGUCGCCCGCAAACGCGACAUGGGAAUACUAUCCGCGGCAGACUUCAACGGCGACCGGAACUCCUGGCCCAACUCAGAGUAUAGCCUACAGAUCCCGAACUACGCCCGCGGCCCCGUCUCACGCGCGCCAAAUCCCAUCGAGCUCAACACCGUCGGAAGCCUAUCGCGAGGCGUCAACACAGCCGCGGUCAGCUCCAGCCCCGGCAGCAGACGGGAAUCCAUCGGCACGGUCCGAGAAGACGGACAACAGCCGAAGAUGGCGAUCUACAGGACCAGGGAGGUCGUGGUGGAGAUCGAAAGGGUGCCUAAUAACAACAGCAAAGUACCACCAGUCGCCGCAACGACGAGUAGCAGCAAGAGGACGACGACGGCGGACGACACGUGCUUCGACAGCCGUGUUGACAUCGAAGACGACGACGACGACAACGACGACUCAUCACUCAAGGGUCUGCGCCCGCAAAAGUCCCUCGCCCUGCCGGACGUGCAGGCCCCGUGGGCGGGCGGCUUCAGCACGCGCAUCUGGGACGGGACGAACUGCGAACAGGAUCCCACCCUGCCCGCCUCCGUCGCCAAGAUCGGCUCGGGGUGGCAACACGACGACGUGUUGCAGACGAGCGGCUUUCCCGAUCUGGGACGUAAAUGA